CAGCGCGUCGCCAGUCGCCAGUUCGCCGUGAGCGCUCGUGAUGCGAGGACGUUCUGUGAUUUCAUCUAGGAGCGUAACGUCGCUUUCUCACCUCGAGCUUUGAGAAGAGGGAAAAAGAGAGGAGAGAGAGAAAGAGAAAGAAGUAGAGAUAGAGAUAGAAAGAGAGAGAGAGAGAGAGAGAAAGAGAGAGAGAGAGAAAGAGAAAGAAAGAGAAAGAAAGAAAGAGAUAAGGAGAGGGAAUUGUGGCUCCCAUCGCGUUCUAUUCACGCCUGUCAUCUUUUUUCGUGUUGCCGUUUGCUUAUCGUCACUCGCGCGCGCGAUUUGGACUCUGACGAAAGGUGAAAAGACGCGCUGAUAGAGAGGGAGGACAGACGGACAGACAAACAGGAAUAUAGAGUGGGGAGAAAAGAAGAUUCUACGAACGAGUAAAGCGAGAAAGAGUGAGAGAGCUUUCCAAAGGUGAAAGAGAAAGAGAGAGAUAUAGAGAGAAAGAGAAAGAGAUAGAUAGAUAUAUAGAUAGAGAGAGAGAGAGAGAGAAAGAGAGAGAGCUUUUUUUAACGUGCAGCAUGUAACGAGAAGAUCGGCCUUCGACGACGAGACAUAGAGUAACCUUGUUUCUGCGUUCCAACCUACGCUCUUCUCAUGACACACACAUAUACACAGAGAGAAUACAAUCACUCACUCAUACACAAAUACAUGUCUCUCCCGUAACUCCGUAAGCUUUAGAAAGGAAGCACGACGAGCGGAGAGAACGCACGCCACGACAUUUUUCCGCUCGAAAUACGUAGUAUAUACGAAGUACAUACGUGCGUACGUAGUUUGAAGGUGGUGGAAGUUGCGAGAGAGAGAGAGAGGGGGAGAGAGAGAGAAAGAGAGAGAGAGAGAGACCGAGAAUAUAUCACGUCGAAGGAUCUCGCAGAGGAGAGAGACCAGCUGAUCGUGGAUCGCGGAUAUAUACACGUUGCUGCUCUUCGCGCCGGAUAAGUUCGCCGCGGCGUGUGUGCGUGCGCGGCUCGAUCGUGUCGUCGUCCUACGUCGGCCGCCUACUCCUUUUACUCCUCUUUUGCAGAAGAUACAGUAAGAGAGAGAGAGAGAGAGACAGAGAGGGAGAGAGAGAGAGAAAGAGAAAAAGAGAGAGAGAGAGAGAAAGAGAAAAGGAGAGAGAGAGAGAGAGAGAGAGAGAGAGAGAAAGAGUGGGAGAGAAAGAGAACAUACGCUUUUGUGACGUUACCGUGGUGGACAAUGACGGAUUCGAGCGGACAGAUAGUGUGUGCGUGUUAGUUGGAGAUAGAGAAAGGAGAAAGAUAGAUAGAGAAGACGGCAGUAGAGAAAAAAGAAGGGGAGCAUAAAGAGAGGGGGAGAGAGAGAGAUAGACAGAGAACCAAGUGUCGAACUUUGCUACGUGAUAUCAACGUUAAAGUUGUGCGUGAAAGGAGAAUCGCGCGAUGCGUUAAAGUGUGAGAAAGAGAAAGAACGAGAGAGAGAGAGAGAGAGAGAGAGAGAGAGAGAGAGAGAAAGAGAGAGAGAGAGAGAGAGAGAGAGAGAAAGAGAAAGAUAGGUGAUAUAGAAAGAGAGAAAAGAAGAAAAAGAAGAAACUAUUCGGACUCUCAUUGCUUUCCUCUCCGUUCGAUCUGAUCGAGGGAGAAUCUUCGUCGUCGUGGUUAAAAUUGACGCGGGUGGGUACGCUCCUCCCGCAUAAGGGAGAAAGACAAGGAAAGAUAGCGGCGAAGAGAGACGGAAGACACUCGACGAAGGGGAGAAGGAAAACAUUUCAACAGAGCCGGCUGAUAUAUCCGAGGACGAUCACUAUUCAAGCGCGCUCAUGAAAGACGCGGAUAAGCUGAAGCUGAUGCUGCUAGCGUGGAAUUAUAAUCUUCAACAGCAGGCUCAGGCUCAGGCUCAGGCACAGGCACAGGUACAGGCGCAGGCUGCGAACGCGGCCCUCUCGCCAAAUAACUCUUCGACAACCACGGCCACCACAGUUGGCACACCUGUCACCAGCCAAUCGACUAUUUCCACGGCAAACAACACCAUUAACAACUCCACUCUUACAGACGCACGGAAUGGUUCGACAGAGUUGGUGGACAUACCGACAGGUACGGUGCCAAGCUUGGGUACCAUGGCUGGCGUUGGCAGUGAGGAUAUGGCGUCUCUAUGGGCGUCUUAUGCUAUGGGCCUGAAAAAGACACCACCACCAACUUCAUCGACGACGCCUUCGCGUUCUGAUCGCGAUCGAGAAUCCAGUCCGCCUGGCGAAGGUACGGGGAGUGCCCACGAUGAAACUAGUAGCAGCGGGAAUAAGGAGGACGAGGAUGACGAUGAUGAGGAUGUUGAUGAGAGGUUGGACCCCAGACAUCAUGAUCCCGAACGUCUUAAAGCUUUCAAUAUGUUCGUGAGACUUUUCGUCGAUGAGAAUCUCGAUCGUAUGGUGCCAAUCUCAAAGCAGCCCAAGGAAAAGAUACAGGCCAUCAUCGACAGUUGCACCAGACAGUUCCCAGAGUUUGCCGAAAGGGCGAGAAAGAGGAUCAGAACGUACCUCAAGAGUUGUAGGAGAAAUAAACGUGGAAGGGAAGGUGCACCUUGGGACGCGGCUAGACCGACGCCAGCACACUUGACCUCCGUACAGGCUGAGCAAAUUUUAGCGACGGCCUGUGAAAACGAAAGCGACAAUGCUAAGCGUAUGAGGGUCGGUCUUGAACCAGUCUCGCAACCUAUGCCAACGCUUCCGGCUGCCACGCAAACGGACGUACGAUCGAGCUUAGAACAUUUCUCGAGUACACCGGUGAAAUCGCUUCCGGGAAAGAGGGAGGAUACGCCACCAGCAUCUCUAACGUCUCUCGCACCAUUGACCAGUUUGGCGAACUUACCUAGCAGCACUCUGUCCUCAACACCCUUGUCUCUAGCACCCGCAUCGAAGUUACUCACACCAGCGGACAACAAAAGUCUUAUGAGCCAAGCAACGAUAGUCAGUUCGUCGGCGGUUAAUGGAGUUGCCAGUGGCGGUGCACCGACAGCCAUGUACAGACCAAACUUUAGUCAGGCCUUCCAACGUGCCGGUCCCACAACGGUACCACCGACCCUGUCAGCUGGACUCUAUCCUACUCAAAGUUUCACCUCGGGACUACUGAGCAACGGUACACAAAGGCCGACAGACCUGAGCAUGAAGAAUACGAAGCCCUUGCUGAGUCACAAAUUGAACGCGACGGAGAUGACCGCGGUGAGGCAGCUCAUAACCGGAUAUCGGGAAUCCGCAGCCUUUCUCUUAAGGUCCGCCGACGAGUUGGAGCAACUGUUGCUUCAGCAGCCAUAGAGUUACGUGUACGUCGGCAACGUCUAAAUGAACUCGUCUCGCAGAAUUGAUUCCGUCGUCGUCGUCGUCGUCGUCGUCGUCGUCGUCAAAGGGAGCUGGACGAAGAAGCCGGAAGUGGACGGUUCUUUGAAAUCUUUUCGACAUCGAGAGAAGCGAUCGGAUUGGUAGUUGAAUAGUAGAUACGUAUCGGCUGCCUUCCGUUUUCUCCUUCUUCUCUCUCUCUCUCUCUCAUUCUCUCUCUCCCUCUCCCUCUCCCUCUCUCUCUCUCUCUCUCUCUAAUAUAUAUAUAUAUAUAUA